AUGGCGCGCGACACGACCGACGAAAGACCGAUCGAGACCGUCGAGGAGCUGGCGGCCGAUCUGGAGGCGGGAUGCAAGCCGGCCGAAGACUGGCGGAUCGGAACCGAGCACGAAAAGUUUCCUUUCUAUGCAGCCAACAAUGCGCCGGUGCCCUAUGGCGGCGAGCGUGGCAUCGCCAAACUGCUCGAAGGCAUGCAGGACAAGCUCGGCUGGCAGCCGAUCAUCGAUGACGGCAACAUUAUCGGCCUUUACGAGCCGACCGGCACGGGCGGCGCGAUCUCGCUGGAGCCCGGCGGCCAGUUCGAACUGUCGGGCGCGCCGCUGGAAACGAUCCACCAGACGUGCCGCGAAUCGAAUGCCCAUCUCGCCCAGUUGCGGCUGAUCGCCGAUCCGCUCGGCAUCAAGUUCCUCGGCCUUGGCGCAAGCCCGAAAUGGUCGCUGGACGACACGCCGAAAAUGCCGAAAUCGCGCUACGACAUCAUGCGCGCCUACAUGCCGAAGAAGGGCGAUCAAGGCCUCGACAUGAUGCACCGGACAUCGACCAUCCAGGUCAAUCUGGACUUCUGCUGCGAAGCCGACAUGCGCAAGAAGAUGCAGGUCGCCUACCGGCUGCAGCCGAUCGCCACGGCGCUGUUCGCCAAUUCGCCCUUUACCGAGGGCCGGCCGAACGGCAUGGUCUCCUGGCGCGCCGACAUCUGGCGCGACGUCGAUCCGGACCGCAGCGGCGUUCUGCCCUUCGUCUUCGCCGACGAUUUCGGCUUCAUGGAUUAUGUGCAGUGGGCGCUCGACGUGCCGAUGUAUUUCGUGCUGCGCGAGGGCCGCUACAUCGACUGCACCCACGUCACCUUCCGGCAGUUCAUGGAUGGCGCGCUUGAAGGCGAGAUUCCCGAUCCGCGUCCCAACAAGGGCGACUGGACCAACCAUCUGUCGACGGUCUUUCCCGAGGUGCGCCUGAAGCGUUUCAUCGAGAUGCGCGGCGCCGAUGGCGGGCCGUGGCGGCGCAUCUGCGCCCUGCCGGCUUUGUGGGUCGGUCUUCUUUAUGACGAGACGGCGCUGGACGCCGCCGACACGCUUACGCAGUCAUGGAGCCACGACGAUGUGGUGGCGCUGCGCGAUGCGGUCCCGGUGGAAGGCCUGCACGCCCGCAUCCACAACCAGUCGGUCCGCGAGAUCGCCUAUGAGGUGCUUGAGAUCGCCCGGGCCGGGCUGAAAUCGCGCGCCAAGUUCAAUCAGGACGGGUUCGACGAAGCGCAUUUUCUGGCGCCGCUCGAAGAAAUCGCAGCGCGCGGCACGACCGCGGCCGAACAGAUGGUGACCAAAUAUCACUCGGUCUGGGGCGGUUCGGUGGAGCCGGCGUUUCUGGAGUAUGCCUACUGA